UCAACGUUGCCACUCCUCAGUCCACAUCCAGUUCCUCCACACCACCUUGUUUCUCUCUGCUCUCUUCACUUAGCAUCCAUGGCCGACCUCCAAACUAAGCCCGACCCUGCCUCCGCUCCGCUCGAUUCCAAGCCCCUCGACCCCCCUCUCGCUGAGGUUCCGCCGCCCCACGACGCCCCUGAUACCAAGCCCCUGCCUCCACCGCCUGACACCCAAGCUCUUGCUCUUGUUGAAAAGGUCCCAGAACCUGAAAAGAAGCAAGGAGGAUCCAUUGACAGGGAUAUUGCUCUGGCAGAAGUGGGGAAAGAGAAAAGGUUGUCCUACAUCAAGGCAUGGGAAGAAAGUGAGAAAACCAAAGCAGAGAACAAGGCCCAAAAGAAGCUCUCUACUGUUGCUGCAUGGGAAAAUAGCAAGAAAGCAGCAAUCGAAGCUAAGCUGAAAAAAAUUGAGGAAGAACUGGAGAGAAAGAAAGCAGAAUAUGGGGAGAAAAUGAAGAACAAGAUAGCGUUAGUUCACAAGGAAGCAGAGGAGAAGAGGGCAGUGGUUGAAGCCAAGAGAGGCGAAGAAGUUCUGAAAGCAGAGGAAUUUGCUGCAAAGUACCGCGCAACCGGAACCACUCCAAAGAAACUCCUUGGAUGCUUUUGAUUCCUUCUUUCUUUUCGGUUUUGUCUGUGGUUUUAUUUUGUAGUAAUGAAUAUUAAUUUUAAAUUUUGUGUAUAUGUUUUUGGGGCCUUUUUUCUUGAAGUUGUUUUAUGUGUGUAAGAAAAAAUAAACCUCAAAAACAAAAGUACAAAAUCAAAUCUAUGACGAGUUUCUUGUUUGGACGGGCCCCCUCAUAUAGAGUUCUUC